GGGACUGGGGAAACUUCUGGGACCAUCUGCCGUAGGGAUUGAGCUAAACUAAGAGAAAUCGGUCCAGAGCUCUGCACAAAAGGAUCUUUUCAUUCCAGUCUUCGCCCACGUAGGGAACUAUGCCUUUGGAGGUGGUGGUGGAACUGCAGAUCCGGGCGAUUUCUUGCCCUGGAGUGUUCCUUCCUGGCAAGCAGGAUGUGUACCUUGGGGUUUACCUCCUGAAUCAGUACCUGAAGACGGAUAACUUCCCUUCUGUGUUCCCUAUUAUGAUUCAGCGGAGCAUGAUGUUUGAAAAGGUGUUUGAAAAUGCGAUAGACCCUGGAGCUGUAGCAGACAUUUUAGAAAGCUUUCUAACCAGGUUUGAAUUAAUACAGCUAGUGCCUCCAGUGUGGGAAGAGUUGGCCUACUAUGAAGAAAACACACGGGAUUUUCUUUUCCCUGAGCCCAAGCUGACUCCUCACCCUGGGAUGUGCAGGGAGGUGCUCAUGAAGACGGCCGAAGGUUUUCCAGGCAUUGCUCCCAAAAUAGAGUUUUCUACAAGGACAGCUAUCAGAGAAGGUGUGUUUCUGCAUAGAAACAGAUUUCUUGAGGAAAGAUACAAGUCACAAAGGCCUUUAUCUACAUCAUAUGGACCAAAAUUCCCCUUAAGUAAUAUAAAGGUGAAGCCAAGGGAGAGUAAUCUUGAUAGACCGGUCCAAGGCAUGCGAUCCUGGGCACCCUCUCCAUAUUCUACCAGGCGUUUCUUUCAGGACCAGCCAGCUCAACUGAACCUUGGGAAUAAUUUCAAAAUACCAGGAGAAAGCAAACCUCCAUUUGUAGUAAGACACGUGGACAGUGCAAAGCCCUUUGGUGAGAACAGUUCAAAGCAUCAUUCCCAGAAGUCUAGAAGGAAAUCUAACUUUUCAAACUUUCCAUUUCCAAUGAGAAGAGCUUCUUCUCUUGACAGCCUUGCAGCUAACGUAAAGGUUAUCAAAGAGCCAGAUGAACGGAUUGUUUUAAGGAAUGAAUCACCAUCACCUUUAGAUUCAAGUAAGUUUGGAAAGCCCUCACCCAGUUACAGUAACCAAGGGGAUGCCGAUUUCCACCAGGAAACUUCAUUUGCCACCUCCCAGCACUCCAGAACUCCCAGCCCUCUUCUGGACCAGCCCCUUCUCCGAGAAAGGUUCUCCCCGGGUUCUCAGUCCACGUGGAAGAAGAUCCACGAAAGGGUAUGCAGUCUUCUGACAUCCCACAGAGCUCAGCAGCACCUCAGCAAGGAAGAUCCUGUGUCUGAAGUAAAGUAUAUCCUUGAAAGACCAAGCUACCCUCUGAAGAAAUAUCCAGUGCAUGAACAGAGUUAUUUUUAAGCUGCUGUCCUAUGGGAAACUAAAUGAAAGCUGGAGAAGCAACAUGAAGAACUCUCAUCAAGCCAACUGAACAACAAUUUUUGUUCUGUGUAUCAAAUCACCAGUGUCUAACCCCCUUUAAAUCAAACCUGUACUCAGUCUUUUGUACCCAGGUAAGAGUUGUUGAUUAAAGUAUUUGCUGUUGGGGGCUCAUAUUUUCUUGCCAAGCUGGAAAGUUUGUAUGUUUGUUUUGAGCUUGAAAUAAAAAAUAACAGUAGUUGGGUGGCAGAUGCUUUUUCAUCUGGAAAGCACUUAGAAUUCUGAGGAAACCGUCAAGAUGCCUUUUCAGGUGUUCCUCAUUUUUGGCAGUGGAUGUGUUCUUGAAAAGUUCUUUUCUCCCCGCUUUGUCCAUCUUUCCUCCUUCCCUCUCUCCCUCCCCCACCUCCACUUCCCUUCCCUUUCAAUUCCUCUUACAUUUUCCGUGAGUUCCAGGAAGCUGCUAUUUAGAGGAAUAACCUGAUAAAUCCUCCAGGAAAAGACUCACUCUGAUUUACCAUUUUUUUGUAAAUCUUUUUUUGUGGUUGUUUGUUUACUUUUUAGCAUUAGGCUUGAUUUACAUGAAGUCCACUGAAAAACUACGUAGGAAGAGGGAGCAUUACUUCUGAAUAAUUCAGAUCUUGCUUUAAAGAUUUACUUUCUGUGACACAAUUUUAAGAGGAGGUUAAUUUCUUUGGACUGUAGUUUAAACUACUCCUGUCAUCUACCCCUUUUUGUCCAUCAAUUCUUAGUGAAUUUAUAUGAGGAGUAAAACCUUCAAAUAUUUCUCUGCUAAGUUCUUGGCAGAUAUGACUGCCAAAACCAGAUUUAAAAUUAGUUAGAAGGAUGCCUUAAGAAAUGCUCACCCAGUUUGAGGAGCAAGAAGAAGACGGAGAUGGGGUGAAGUGGACAUUUGGCUCCAUGGGUAUAGACCCAGGGAAGAAGGGGCCUGAAAAUGGAAACCUUUGUCUUGGCAUCAUAGUAUAACCUAAGCAUUUUCCUCUACUGUGCCCUAAAACCCCUUAAGUUUUUACAAGAUUCAAUGUGAGUCAAGUUUUCUUUUCUCAUUGUGACCAUGGGAAUUAGUUUGUUAGAUAAAUUAGGAAAAGGAAAUUAAAAAUUAAAGGAGGAAAAAAGUCCAAAAGAAUAAUAAAACAAAGUGCAUUUAUCCCCUUCUCAGAAUUUGAGCCAAAUAAAGAUAUUUAGCCUAGCAAGCAUUCCACAUUUGGAAAACAUGCUUAAAUUACACCUGCUUAUAUGUUCUCAGGGUGUGUGAAACUGUAGUUGUCAAUUUGUUAUUUUGAUGUCUAAGUAGUCAUCAAUAAUAAAGGUACUGCGUUACACUAAGACUGUGGUACAAUUCUCAGAAAAGGGCUACUUAGAAAGAUUAUAAACAGCUGAAGGAAAUUAGUUCUAAUGAAUUGCUGUCCCAUGCCAGUUUAUGUUCAAAUACACACUAUGACACUCACUGUUCAGUUUUUUAAAAUGUUUUGAGCAUAAUUCCUUAAUUCAAUUUAGGGAUAAGAUCUUAAGUGCUCAUUCUUAUUUAGUCUUUUUUUUCUUUCACGAAUCAAUCUUCCUUUUGCUCACUUUCUCAUCUGCUAACUCUGUUGCUUAUAUUAUUCCUUUUUUACCUUUUUAUUUCUUAGUGAGUUAUUUCAGUUCUGAGGAAACCUAUUGAGCCAGGAUUGCAACAGGAUUUUGCGUUUGGAGUAUAUAAUAACAUGAUUUUGCGAUUAUUGGGGUUUGGAUUCCUUUGGGAAGAUCUGUGUUACUAAAUGUAAUAAAAAGUCCCACCUGUC